AUGCCGGUGACGGUGACCCGCACCACCAUCACGACCACGUCGUCGUCCUCGGGCCUGGGCUUCCCGACCACCGUGGGGUCCGCUCGGGCACUGACCCAGCCCCUGGGCCUCCUCCGCCUGCUGCAGCUGAUCUCCACCUGUGUGGCCUUCUCGCUGGUGGCCAGUGUUGGCGCUUGGACGGGCGCCAUGGGUAACUGGUCCAUGUUUACCUGGUGCUUCUGCUUCGCCGUGACCCUCAUCAUCCUCAUCGUUGAGUUAGGCGGGCUCCAGGCCCGCUUCCCCCUGUCCUGGCGCAACUUUCCCAUCACCUACGCCUGCUACGCCGCCCUCUUCUGCCUCUCGGCCUCCAUCAUCUACCCUACCACAUACGUCCAGUUCUUGUCUCACGGCCGCUCCCGGGACCAUGCCAUUGCUGCCACCACCUUCUCCUGCAUCGCUUGCCUGGCUUAUGCCACCGAAGUGGCCUGGACCCGGGCACGGCCCGGCGAGAUCACUGGCUACAUGGCCACUGUGCCAGGCCUGCUCAAGGUGCUGGAGACCUUCGUGGCCUGCGUCAUCUUCGCCUUCAUCAGCAACCCCUACCUGUACCAGCACCAGCCGGCCCUAGAGUGGUGCGUGGCCGUGUACUCCAUCUGCUUCACCCUGCUGAACCUGGGCGACUGCACCAACAUGCUGCCCAUCCCCUUCCCCAGUUUCCUGUCCGGGCUGGCCCUGCUCUCCGUCCUCUUCUAUGCCACGGCUCUGGUCAUCUGGCCGCUCUACCAGUUCGACGAGAAGUACCACGGCCAGCCCUGGCGGUCCAUGGAUGUGAGCUGCAGCAACAGGCACACCUACUACGUGUGCUCCUGGGACCGCCGACUGGCUGUGGCCAUCUUGACAGCCAUCAACCUGCUGGCUUACGUGGCCGACCUGGUGUACUCGGCCCGCCUGGUUUUCGUCAGGGUCUGAGGCUCUGCCCUGGAGGGGCUACCGAUUCCCUC